AUACAAACAAAAUAAUGAAAUCAAACCUUAAUCACUGUUUCAAAAUGAAAUGUGAUUUUGAUUGUAUGUCUCUUCGUGCUGGGUUUGCACCAUUGAAACCUGCUGUGGAGAAAACAAGACUGGAAGAAUCCUGCCCCUUGAAUUAUGAGGAAGGCUUUUGUAAAAGCUGUGCUGAAGAGCAUCAGAAAAUACUCCUUAGUGACUCAUACCAUGCGGCCACCAGAAAUUUAGACCUUGAAGAUGAAGGAAGACCUGUACAUAACAAAGAAAAUAAACACGCAACACAGAGACUUGAUGAAGGUAUUUACGAAAUGGAGGCAUUGGAAAACAGUAAAUUUAAUGAGGACAGUGGUUAUUCCUCUAUGUUAAGUAAUCAAUACGCUGAUGCAAUAGAACAUGAGGAUAGUAUACCUUUGGCUGGGAAUCUCUGUGGCACACCAAAGCAUUGUCUCAUGAAGAACCAAAACCAACCACAGUUUUCAAAGAAGACUUUGUUGCCGGUAAUCCAUUACGAAGAAAUGAUUUGCUCAACUUUGAAAAAAAGUGGUAAAAGAAAUCUCAAGUCUUGGGCUGCAGUAGACAGAAUUGUUUUCAGGGGAAAGGUUGAACUUUGUAACCUAAUUGGAAAGAAAAUGGGAUUAGAUAGAAUAGACAUUCUUGCUGAACUCUUCCAAAAGAACCUGAAGCAUAUAUUAGCAAACAUUUUAAGGCAUCUUGGUGAGAUGGAUUUAAUAAAUUUUGCCAAAGUCAGCACAACAUGGCAGAAGAUUCUACAAGAUGAUAAAUGGAUUUUCCAAAUGUAUAGUAAAGCUGUGAAAAACCUUUCUAAUGGCACUAAGGCAUCGGAGCAUGCUGCAACAAGGGAGUAUGUUCUCUAUCGAGCAGCAUUAGCUUCCAUUCAGAAAGCAACUCCACCAAACAGCUUGAAUAAAAAAGGCACCAGAUCCAAAGCAUCUAAGAAUCACAGCAGGCUUAUGGAGUUUUCUGAGGCUGCUAAGACCUUGAAAAACACUGAGAGCCUUAAAGUCUGCCAUCGCUGUGGCUCACCUGCAAAGUAUGACUCCUAUCUACAAAGAGCGAUGUGCAAUCGUGAAAGUUGUGGCUUUGACUUUUGCACAAAGUGCAUGUGCAGCUACCACAGCUCCAGUGACUGUAUGAGUGGCAAAACAGUGAAACCCAACUCUAAGCUAGGGCCACUCCCUGGGACUAAGAAAAGCAAACAGAAUCUACGGCGAUUGUGAUCCAUCCAUCCCAAUACAGAUUGUCAGUUGUCCAAUAAAAGAUUUUUUUAGGAUAUGAAGUUAACCACAAAGAAAAUCAAGAAAGUGCUUUCUGCUAUU